UGGCAAUAUUUUACACAGUUAUAACCUACCAUUGCAAGCAGUAUUUAUUAAAACUUGCCUUACAUCACUCAAGAAAUUUGUUGAUGGUCAGCAAUUUAAGUUAGCAGCAGAUAUUUAUGAUUUUGAA